AUGGCGCCGGCAAAUCCCCAGCCAAAAGUUUUACUUUUUGAUAUCGGCGGAGUUUGUGUCCUCUCCCCCUUCCAAGCCAUCCUCGACUACGAGCUCUCGCACUCCAUCCCCCCGGGCUGGAUCAACACCUGCAUCUCCAAAAGCAGUCCCAACGGGUACUGGCAGCGCCUCGAGCGCGGCGAGCUCCCCAUGGACACGCACUUCUUCCGCGGCUUCACCCAGGAUCUCCACUCAGCCAGCCUCUGGGACACCUUCUACGCACAGGCACGGACCCGGGAUCCCUCACUCCCCGCCACCACCCCCCCGCUGCCGCGCAUCGACGGCGAGCAACUCUUCUGGUCCAUGAUGACGGCCGCGCGCCAUCCGGACCCCUGGAUGUUCCCCGCGCUGAAGAAGCUGCGCGCGAGCGGCCGCUACAUUCUCGCCGCGCUGUCCAACACCGUGAUAUAUCCGAGCGAUCACCCGUUGGCGACCGCGCACGAUGAUGUGCGUGCCGUCUUCGAUCUGUUCAUCUCGUCGGCCCACGUCGGCAUGCGGAAGCCCGAGCCCAGGAUCUAUGAUCUUGCGCUGAGGGAGCUGGAUAGGUUUGCGAGGGAGAAUGUUGGGAGGGAUGAUCGGGAUACGAGGGGUUGGGAGCGUGGCGUUAGCGCCGAGGAGGUCGUGUUCUUGGAUGAUAUUGGGGAGAAUCUGAAGGCGGCUAAGGCGAGAGGGUUUCGCACGAUCAAGGUUCAUCUGGGACGGGCGUUUGAGGCAGUCGACCAGUUGGAAGAGUUGACGGGUUUGAAGUUGGCUGGUGACCACCCGAGGAUUGCGGUUAUGCCAAAGACCAAUGCCAAGUUAUAG